UUCAGAAUGAUGAGGUUUAGUUUCAGUGUAAAUGUUUGCAGUCUUGUUUGGAUAAACUCCUAAUAGUUAAUGUUGAAUUUAGAGGUAAACUGAGAGAAAGUGGCUCUUCCUCCUCCUCCUCCUCCUCCUCCUCCUCCCCCUGCUCUCUCUCCGGCUCCUGCUUUAUUUGCUCCAUAUGGUGUUUGACAUGGUUGGUACCCAGGAAGGGAGAAAAAAAAAAACACUCCUGUGUGGGCGGAGGAAAGAGCCUAGUAUUUUGUCCGUGUUGAAAUUUGAUUCAGAAGUUGAGGAUCCUGGAAGACAAAAGCAAACGGAGGGGGAGGGAAGAACGUCGGAGAAGGACGGAGGGAUUCUUUUUAAUGCUUGAAGAGUAAAGUCACCAAAGAGUGUGGAACUGCUCCGACCAAAGCUGUGUGACUAUGAGCACCUCGGGGCUUCAGGCCACAAACCGGCAGAACGUGAAGGAGCUCGACAGCAUGAAGGAGUCCAUCAGCGACAUCAUCAACCAGCUCCAGGACAUCGACCCCACCAGGCUCUCCUUCUCCCCCUUUCUGGACCUGGACACUCAGAUCUCUUUGGCGCCGGUGUCAGACAGUCCCGAAUCCUCAGUAGAGGAGCUGCACUCGUCCUCCCACUCCGUCUCCGGCUCCCAGCAUUCCCUUGAACCGCCACCAGCAACAGAUCAGCCAAAGAGCUCUGCUCCCUGCCACCAGCAGCCCAAAGACGACCUCCUGGAGGAGCCACGUGCAGAUCAGAAGGAGGAGGGGGAGCUGGAUCAAACUCUUUCCAGUCCCAUCAUCCCAGCUCACGAUUUGGACGCUGCCACGGAAAACUGCAUCAGCUUUCCAAGCCCGACCUCUCAGGGAGACAUUCCCAACGGCAGAGACACGCCGAGAUGGAGUCCAGAGUCUACCAAUUUGGAUUCGACUGCGGACGAGGGUCGCCCUCUGAUAGGUCCCCCGCCUGAGAGCGUGGAGCUAACUGUGUGGAGUUUAGAUGGAGAGCGGGGAGAGACUGAGGCCCCAGAGGAGGCUGCAGAGCGAGGGCCAUGCUGCUGCCGCUGCUGCCAGUGUCGAUGCUGUCAGAGCGGCCGAGUCCCCGCCUUCCUCUCCGUCCUGGCGUCUCUCCUGUGUGCUGCCGGGAUUCUCUAUGCACUCUAUUUCUACGUACCCAUUAAACCCCCAGACUACCCGGACACGCCCUCCCGCAUUGUCUUCACCCUGUGCUGCUGCGUGGUGGCAGCUGUCCCCAUCCUUCUUGCGAUGCUCAUGGCUGCAGUGUGCCAGUUCUGCACGGCCUCCUUCGACCUGACGGAGCCGAUUCCCCGAAGACGAGCCAUCCAGCAGCUGUUUGUCACGGGGUCCUCCGAGCAGCUGCUCCUCUACGUCCUCAACCUGGUGGUGAUGGCCACCCUGCUGCCUCAGGACCAGCUCAAGUUGGUGCCAAUACUGGUCGCCAUGUUCGUCAUAGGAAGACUUGUUUACUGGGUCAGCCUGAACAUGUGCAGCUCCUGGCGAAGCUUCGGCUCCGGCCUGACCGUGUUCCCACUCCUCGCCAUGGUUGCUCUCAAUCUGUUCCUCAUCUACACCCUGAAUCUCAAAGAACCUCUCCUUGGCUCUCAGGACAUCCUCUUCAAUCAGGUCACCCCCUCUUCCUGGUCAGGGGAGACAUCACAGAGCCCAAGUGGCAAACCAGACAUCCUACCCACAGACAUCCUGGACGCUCAGUGAGGAGACGAGCUUUUCUUCUUCUUCUCAGAGGAGGAGAUGGUUCUAAAAAUAGGCCAUUCCUGUGGUCUGCAGUUCAGCACAGCAACACACGCUGCCACUAUAACCUCCAAAGUCUGUGACAGCUUUACUCGUUUGUCUGCUCCUCCUAUACAGGACCUUUUUUAUGUGGAUUCAUGCUUAUUAUCUGGAACAAAAGAGCUCUUUCAAAGCUUGUGGCGGAGACGGCCUUUGAACAAUGCUGUAGUCUUAAAACAUUCGUCCUUUAAAGCUAUUCCAGUGCCUGUAUUUAAUGUUUGGAACUCCAAAGUACUUAAAGCUCUGUUAUACGUGUGGCUGAAUCUGGUCUGACCUUCAAACACCACACGCAGCAUUACUUGUAUUAUUGUUUCAAAAAGUUUGUAAAUGAAGAAGAAAAAUAAAGCCAUUUGUAAAAACUCUC